AUGGCUCAAAUGAUCCACGCAGCUCCUGUGGAAGUCACUUACAAGAACAUGAGAUUUCUUAUUACACACAAUCCAACAAAUGUGACCUUAAACAAAUUUAUAGAGGACCGGGCUUCCCUGGACCUUAAGAAGCAUGGAGUUACCACAAUAGUAAGAGUAUGUGAAGCAACUUAUGACACUACUCUCGUGGAGAAAGAAGGCAUCCAUGUUCUCGACUGGCCUUUUGAUGAUGGCACACCACCAUCUAACCAGAUUGUUGAUGAUUGGUUAAGUCUUGUGAAAAUUAAGUUCCUUGAAGACCCUGGUUGUUGUAUUGCCGUUCAUUGUGUUGCAGGCCUUGGGAGAGCUCCAGUGCUUGUUGCCCUAGCAUUAAUUGAAGGUGGAAUGAAAUGUGAAGAUGCAGUACAGUUCAUAAGACAAAAGCGGCUUGGAGCUUUGAAGAGCAAGCAACUUUUGUAUUUGGAGAAGUAUCGUCCUAAAAUGUGGCUGUGCUUCAAAGACUCCAGUGGUCAUAGAAACAACUGUUGCCUUCAGUAA